AUGGCGCCUUUCGGAAAACUCUUCACCAAGGAGCUCAACCCCCGCUCUACCGCGAUCCUCGCGGUUGCGAAGGCCAAUGGCCUGGACCUGGACAUCGUCGAGGCCGACACUGUCAACCCUUCUUCUGAGUUCCUCCAGGUGAACCCGCUUGCCAAGAUCCCCGCUUUCGCCGGCAGCGAUGGCUUCAACUUGACUGAGUCUAUAGCCAUCGCCAUCUACCUCACCUCCCAGAACGAGAAGACCACUCUCCUCGGUAAGACCAAGCAAGACUAUGCCUCCAUCCUGAAGUGGACGUCGUACUUCAACACUGAGGUUCUUCCCAAGCUCGCUGCUUGGUACCGCCCUCUUUUGGGCGUUGAUCCCUACAACAAGAAGGCUGUUGAGGACGCCGCCAAGAACUCGGAGAAGGUUAUCUCCGUUGUUGAGCAGCACCUUCUUCACAACACCUACCUUGUUGGUGAGCGUAUCACCCUCGCCGACCUGUUUGCCGCUGGUAUCAUCUCGCGUGGCUUCCAGUACUUCUUCGACAAGCAGUGGCGCUCUGAGCACCCCAACGUCACUCGAUGGUACGAGACUGUCUACAACCAGCCCAUCUACGCUGAUGUCUCUAAGCCUCUUGAGCUUCUCGAGACUCCCAAGUUAACCAACGUACCCCCGAAGAAGGCUGAGCAGCCCAAGCAAGCUAAGGCUGCUCCCAAGCCUGCUGCCCCCAAGCCCGCAGAGGAGGAGGCCGCCCCUGCUCCUAAGCCUAAGCACCCUCUUGAGGCCUUAGGACCCUCUGCCUUCGCUCUUGAUGACUUGAAGCGCUACUACUCUAACCACGACGAGGCUGAAUCCAUGAAGUGGUUCUGGGAGAACGUCCCUUUUACCGACUACUCCAUCUGGAAGGUCAAGUACAAGUACAACGACGAGUUGACUUUGACUUUCAUGUCCAACAACCUGAUUGGUGGAUUCAACACUCGCCUUGAGGCUUCUCGCAAGUACCUCUUCGGCUGUGCCUCCGUGUACGGAGAGAACAACGACUCGGUCAUCGAGGGUGCCUUUGUCAUCCGAGGCCAAGACUAUCUCCCCGUCUUUGACGUCGCUCCCGACUACGAGAGCUACGAGUUCACUAAGCUGGACCCUACCAACGCUGAUGACAAGGCUUUUGUCGAAUCCAUGUGGACAUGGGACAAGCCUGUCGUCCACAACGACAAGGAGUACAAGCACUCCGCCGGCAAGGUCUUCAAAUAA